GCUUCUUUUUUUCCCCCGGACGUCUUUGAUCAUUGGCUUUUCUCACCGCGUCUGAGCGCGUUUGGUUCCUACAACACGUACUUUCAAAGGUGGCCUCGUCAACUCGCCGCCGCUCUCGGCAUACGUUGAAUCCGCAUCAUCUCCUUUCCCUUCUGCGUCCCUUCUCCGGGAUUUACCUCAACGUGAAGCGCUGCUGUGUGUAGGUGUGUUCCUCGCUCGGAGAGCCUAAUCGGACGCAUCCCAGUUUAGCGCAAGUCCACCGCGAGAGAGAGAGAGUCGCCUAGUUUUGUUAUCAUUUCUGCACUGUUGUUAUGGUGUUUCUAUGACUAUUAGGAGAGAGAGCACCAGCAAAUUACCGACAAGGCGCAUUACACCCCCUUAGUGGGCAUCUUCUUUCGACUCUUUCGAUUCUUCUUCCUUUUUUUUUCCCGAUGAAUAUGACGUGCCGUCGUACCGUCCAGCUGGCUGUCGCCGCGGUGUUGCUUGCCUGGUCGACGGUGAAUGUUGCGGCAUCGACAACACUGCUGCCGUUGUACGGUCGUGCGCUCGUGGAUGUGGAGCUCGUCUGCCGCAACUCGACGGCGGCUACCCCUCGCGUUUAUGGCAACUCCACGAUGAGCGCCUUCCGUUACUCGUUAAACUUCAAUACCAGCACCACCUCGAUCUAUCCAUUUUAUGUGGAGCGGUUGCGGGCGUAUAUGUUCACGCGCACCUACUACACGACAGAAACCCAAAGUUAUGUCGUUUCAGACUGGAACAUGUGCACCGGUUCCACUGACCACAACGCUGCAAAUCCGGAUGUGCAGCUUGCGGUGACGUUGGCGAAUGUGCUGCGCCAGGCUCUUCCUUCUUCUUCCACACGUGGAACAUCUCGCGGUAUUUCAGUCAGAAACUACACGAACAAAUUCAGCGUCCCGAUCCCCGUUGAAUACGGAGGACUCGGCUCCACCACAGAAUACAACGCCGUCAUCUUGACAACUGUGAGUGGCUGGAAGGUAAAUUUAAUGGACGACAUCGACGAGACGCUUCUUUCCACCGAGCUGACGUCAACUGCCUCUAGCGGAACCAUCAACAAUUGUUUGUUCACCUUCACCUUCUACGGUAUCAACAUGUCAGCUUCCCUGCCGACCGCUGAGCCUGCGGAGUGCAAAGUCCAACCAACCUUCAGACCCGUGAGCCCAAGCCAGGUCGCACGAGGGCCGGCAGUCGCGAACCGUCAAAUGGAGCCGCUCGCGGACUCCCAAUCCUCCGCGUUGUACUCAAGCGCCUCCGCUUCGCACUCAAGCUCCUCCGCGUCUCACCAACCCACGUCGACGACCACGACCACGACGACCACGACCACGACGACCACCACCACAGGAGCGCCAAACACAAAUACGCUGUACGCGAUGCCCGAGUUCCCGCCGUACUUCACCGCGAACUUUUUGGUGAUCUCUCCAAGCCAGAGGUCGUUCUACCAGGUACGCGAGGCCUUCAACUCGUACGGUUUGAUGUCCCGCGCUCAGCUAGAGUACCCACUGACCGGUGCCGCGGGACGCGUGUACGACUACGAGUGGUACGUGCAGGGGUACGACCAGAUGACGUAUUACCACGAGACCUUCGCGGUGCCGGAUGGUCAGGAGACGAUCAGCAAGGCCGUGCGCGAGUACUUCUGGCCGGACAAGGACACAUGCAAGAAGGUGCUGAUCGGUUACGACUUUUUUGCAAGCUCCACGGAGACGCUGCUGCUGGCGUCGCCCGACACGCCGGCAACAUUUAUCGGCAACGAGACGGUGCGCAACAUCCCCUGUGGCGUGUGGACGGCGGAGGUGAAGGGGGUGCGCGUGACAUGGUACUGGGCAACCCCCGACCUGACCAACGUUGACUUCUUCAAGACUGCGGAAAUGACACCCCGCGAUGCCGCCUACGGGACGCUGGUGCGCAUGACGGUCACCGGCAAAGGUGGCGCGCCGCCGCUGUUCACGCACCACCCCUUCUUUCCCCAGGGCUACGCCUUUCCGGCGGCUGACCGGACGACGACGUGCAGUUCGCUGGAGCCGACGGGCACGGACAUGGGUUGCGCAGGGUGGAGCAGCCAGCAGUCCUUCAACUACAUCUACGACAUUACCUCCUUUGUGCCGUACGUGCGUAGCAAGGACGACAUGAUGCCGGAGACGUGCAUGAAGGCGUCCCUCGCCGGAUCGAUUCCUAGCUUUGGGUGCAGCUACAGCGGUGUGAGUGGCGCCGUCGUGGCGGUAAUGCUGGUGAUUGUGGCGGUGCUGUUCGGUGUGAUGGGCGGCAGCUGCGUGUGGUGCCGCUACUCCCGCAUGGUGCGCCGCCAGCAAGAGGAGCUGGUGCGGCUGACGCAGGAGAUGCAGAUUCCUCCGCCGUCUGCCGAUCAGCCGGGCGGUGCGACGGCGAAUGGCGGCGGAGAUGCCAACGCGUGGUCCUCUGGAGCGCCAAAUGCGAAGUUGCAGUCGUAG